AUGUCGCGCGCGGACGACGCGUCGACGAGCGCGCGCGAUCUGUACGCCGCGCUCGGCGUCGCGCGCGACGCCGAGGCCGACGAGAUCAAGCGCGCGUACCGAAAGCUCGCGGCGGCGUUGCAUCCAGAUAAACAGCCGCGACGACGCCGCGACCGCGACGACGACGACGACGACGACGACGACGACGACGCGGGCGCGACGGAGGCGGCGCAACGCGCGUUCGCGGCGCUGAGCGAGGCGUACGAGGUGCUGAGCGAUGCGGACGCGCGACGGACGUACGACGCGUACGGGAUGGAUGGCGUGCGGGCGGGACGCGAGCUCGGCGCGAGAGGGAAAACGACGGAGGAGAUGCGAAUCGAAUACGAGCGACGGCGCGCGAAAGAGACGAAGGAAGCGGCGGAGGCGCGGUUGAAUCACAGCGGGACGUACGUGUUCGGGUUCAGUGCGGCGCAUUUGAUGGAGGAGAGCAUAGCGCGUCGGCGAGCGGCGUUUACGAAUAAUCCCGGGUUGGAUUUGACGAGCGUGUCGCUGCAGAAUUCGAUGGAGAUACCGCUGAGCGAGGAGGAUGCGGUGUACACGGUGACGCAGGGAACGACGCGAGGGGGACGUGGGGCGGGGAAUUUUAUAUUAGGGUGGCGACGAGCGUUUUCGCCGUUGACGUCGCUCGACGUGAGCGCGCAGACGGGGCAGACGAGCGCGGUGACGGCGACGGUGACGAGGCAGCUCACGACGCACACCACGGGGGCGGUGUCACAUAAUUAUAUCGCGCAGCAAGGGUUCGGGUUGCAGCUCAUGCUUCAGCGCCAGCUGUUUGCGCAAACGAGGGGGCAUUUGACGUGGAACGUCGGACCGGUGUCGUCGAUGUCCACCGGGGCGACGCACGCGUUCGGUAAGAAUGCCGUCAAGUGCGAUUUUAGCGUUGGGGUAGCGGCGAGUGGAUUGAAUGGGCAUUUCAUUCGACAAAUGGACGAAAAAAGGGUGUACAGGGUGGGUUGGAAAUUAGGCACCGCGGGCGCCGAGCUCGACGUCGGCGCGACGAAGCAAGUGGACGAGGACACCGCGCUCGGCGCUAGUAUCGUCGUCAGCUUGCGAGGGCUUUCGCUUCGAUUUAGAGUGAACAGACAAGGACAGCGAUUCGUGGUGCCAAUAUUAUUAACGCCGAUGGUGACAUGGCGCAAGUCGCUGUUGGCGUUUACGCUGCCGCCCAUCGCCAUCGCGCUGUUGCGCCACUUCGUGGCGCGACCGAUCAUGAAUCGAUACAUCCGCAAGCGUCAGCUCGCGGCUAGGGAGAAGAACAAACGGACCAUUCUCGUGGCGAUGCGUGAAGCGCACUCUGCGACGAAAAUGAUCGCCGAGACGGCUGAUAAAAAGGCGCGCGCCGCGCGAGAGCGCGGCGGUCUUGUCAUCGAAAGCGCCGUCUUCGGCGCCCCAGACGCCCCGAAGCCCGCGGCGUCGCCGCCGCCGUACGUCGACGUCACGCGCGCGCUUCAAUUCAUGGUCGACAACGACACCCUCGAUCUGUACGAAAACGUUGCCAUGUGCGAUCUCCUCGGAUUCUGCGAUCCGUGUCCCGGCGAGGACAAGCAUUUGCGCGUGCGUUAUCGCUAUCGUCGCGCCCUCCACGAGGUCACCGUCAAGGCGGACGCGAUGGUGUCGCUCCCGAGCGCCGAUCACCGCCUUCCCGAAAAGCUUCAAACCAUCGAUCCGAGAGUGUGA